UUGUCUUCUGGGAAACAUGUAAGUAUCUUCUGUUACUUCCGAAGGGGAGUACUAAAUGAAAAAAAUGGAUAUUUAAACGAAAUAAGAAAAAUUUGUACAUCUUCGUCCUGUUCAAAAGUUUUCACCCCCGGCUCUUAAUGCAUCGUGUUUCCUUCUGGAGCAUCAGUGAAUGUUUGAACCUUUUUUAAUAGUUGUGUUUGAGUCCCACAGUUGUCCUCAGUGUGAAAAGACGGAUCUCAAAAUCAUUCAGUCACUGCUGUAAAGGGUUAAAAUAUGCAAAAAAAUCUUUGAAAACUGAAGAAUCCGCAGGACCUGGAGGAUUUUUCUGAAGAACAGAACUCAGUUUAACUGCUCAGAACAAACAAGGAACUCAUGAACAACCAUCACAAAACAAAAAAAAAAAAACAGUCGUAGAUCAUUCAGGUAACCACACACAGUAUUAAGAAUCAAUGGUUCACAAACUUUUGAACGGGGUCAUUUUAAUAAAUUCAGCUAUUUUUUUUGUCUUGUGAAUUAUAUGUAAACAUCUUUUAUGUAAAAUAUCUUACUCAGGACAGUAUUAAUUAAAAAAUAACAUGCAUUUUGUAUGAUCUCUCUUAUUUUGUUAAAAUUAUUAACAUUUUCACAGAUUCUGCAGAUUCUGCAAGUGGUUCACAUACUUUUCCUUGCAACUGUAAGUAAUUUUAAAUGAGUGAAUACUAUCAUUCAUCCAAGGAGUUUAAUUAAUCAUAAGAGCUGCUCUAGAUUUCAUAGGAGCAACUUUAUCCAAGAUUUAAAGGCAAUACUCAUUAAAAGAUUGUACUUGAACAUCAACAUUUUAAUAAUGGAGGAUUUAUCAAAAGCAGCAGAGAAUGUUUUGUGGAAAAGUUAGGAUUCGAGAAUUAAUUAUCUGACUACAAGGUGAUGAGUCAAAAAAAAAGAAAAAAAAAAGAAGAAGUCAAAUAAAAUAUGAUCUGAAAUACAAAGGUCCUCAGACAAAACGGAACCAAUAUGUAAACCAAAAAUAAAAACAAGAUCUAAAGACUUUAAAUCUUGCUUUUAGUUUUGGUUUACAUAUUGGUUCUGUUUUUUCUGGGAAACUUUGUAUUAUAUGAGUGGGACCAGUAACAUGUUGAGUAAGAAUAAAAGAGAAGCAAUGUGAAACGUGAAGCAAGAUAUCCCAGGAUUCUGUUUACUCAGGGUUUAGUAUGACCCAGAGUUAACUAAUUCAAGUGUGAAAAUCCCUUUUUUAUACCCACAGUAUAAUGACCCCAAUUAUUCUACUGUUUACUCUGGCAGCAUAUUCUGUUUCUUGUAGCGCUGAUGAUCACUUCACCAGCACUAUGGACACCAAUGUGGUGAUACGCCAUGACGGCCAGAUCAUGUGGGAUGCUCCAGCCAUCACCAAAAGCUCCUGUAAAGUGGAUGUCUCGUUCUUCCCCUUUGACGCCCAGCAGUGCCGACUGACCUACGGUUCUUGGACUUACAACGGCAACCAGCUUGACAUUUUGAACGCCAUGGAGAGCGCGGAUCUCGCCGACUUGGUUGACAAUGUGGAAUGGGAGGUGCUGGGAAUGCCGGCCAAGAGAAACAUCAUUCUGUACGGCUGCUGUGCAGACCCUUAUCCGGACGUGACAUACACUCUGAAACUGAAGAGAAGGGCCUCGUUUUAUGUGUUCAACUUGCUCAUUCCCUGCGUGAUGAUCUCAUUCUUGGCUCCGCUGGGCUUCUAUCUACCUGCAGACUCUGGGGAGAAAGUGUCCCUGGGGGUUACCGUGAUGCUGGCGCUCACCGUGUUUCAGCUGCUGGUGGCUGAGAUCAUGCCUCCCUCUGAGAAUGUACCUCUUAUAGGAAAGUAUUACAUAGCCACGAUGACCAUGAUCACUGCAUCCACCGCCCUCACCAUCUUUAUUAUGAACAUACAUCACUGUGGCCCUGAGGCCAAACCCGUCCCAGAGUGGGCCAAGAAAUUCAUCCUGCAGUAUCUGGCCAGGAUUUGCUUCGUCUACGAAGUCGGUGAAAACUGCAUGACACCGCAACCAGAGAAACCAGACCCUCAACCGCAGAAGCCGCCCGACUCCAACUGCAACAUGAAUGGGCAAGCUGGGAAAGACGACUUUGUGUUCAAAUUUGAGAGGGGUCAAGAUGCCACAUCUCCAAAACUUGCCGAGGACACAGAAGACAUGUCUCAGAUCAUGAGCCCGGCGUGCUCGCUGGGAAAACACCCCACCUGUCGCUAUGGCGUGUGGAAGGAGGGAAUGUUCAUGAGCAUGGAUUGUGGCGAUGGGGUAGCAGAGGUGGGAAAAGCCACAGGAAGAGGAGGGGAAGGAUGCAGAGAUCAUGAUGGUGGGUUCAAGCCGCAGUGCAAAUGUGAGCAGCAGCAUCUCAUGAGGAAUAUCGAGUAUGUCGCAAACUGUUACCGUGAUCAGAGAGCUACGGCGAGAAGAACGGGGGAGUGGAAAAAGGUUGCCAAGGUUCUGGAUCGAUUCUUCAUGUGGCUGUUUUUCAUUAUGGUUUUCUUCAUGAGCCUGCUCAUAAUGGGGAAAGCCAUAUGACACGGAAGUGUUUGUGACUGAAAGAAGGAUACAACUUAUCGCAAAACAAACCCAGACAGAAUGAUCAAAACGAAAACAUUUGGCGACAAUGACACACUGGUCAAAAGUAUGUAAUAAUUAGAAAAUAUUAAUUACUCCAAAUUGCUACUGGUUUGACCACUAGUGUACACUAUAAUUAAAAAAAUAAAUAUAUUUCAUGUCAGUUUUUUAUUAUUAUUUUUAUUUUAUUAUGUGAGAAAGAAGUGACACAAAACAUGAAAAAGCACAGCUAUGAAGGAAAGUGGUUGCCAGGGUCAACAGUAAAAUACUUGAGCACAGAAUACUGUGUUUGACCAAUCAGAAUCAAGUAUUUCAGAGAGCCGUUUAAUAUACAUUUUUUUUAUGAUAAAGCCAUUUAGCCUGAGUGAUUUGUGAUUAGCUAGCAAUUAUUAUUACUUUUUCUUUUAAAUAUUUUUUGAGAUGUUUACAGCCAUAAAUGAUGAGUAAAUGUUUGAGUUCAGUGAGAUCUACGAUACUAAAAACUAAGGAAAUCCUGUCCGCUCCUCUGAUCAACAUGCCUGAAACAGAAGCAUUAAAAAACUGAUGACAGA